AUGCAGCGCAUGGAGAGUGCAGAGAAGGAGAAGAAGAGGAAGAAGCCCCCCACUAAAGGCAAAGUAGUGACCAAGGAAGACACUUCCGAAGGAGUGUGCUUCUUCUGCAAAGAUGGUGGAGACCUUAGAAUCUGCGACUUCAAGGGAUGCACCAAAGCUUACCACCAUGAAUGCGUGGAGAAGGAGAAAUCCUUCUUGGAUGACGACGCGUACUGGAAAUGCGCUUGGCACUCUUGCAUGCUAUGCGGGAAAUCGCCGAAAUUCCAUUGCUUUUGUUGUUACAAGGCUGUUUGUGGGCGCUGCCUCUGUGAUGUGGACUUCGGCGUUGUGAGGAGUACCAGAGGGUUCUGUGACCACUGUUUGACCCUCGCUGGGCUGAUCGAAGGCACGAAAACGGCAGCUCCUGGGCAGGAGGUGGACUUUGAUGCGCCAGAUUCUUACGAGUACUUCUUCAAGUACUAUUGGGAGGGGGAGGUUAAGGUGAAAGAAGGCUUGACUGCAGAAGUCCUGGUAUCUGCCCAAAAACAGCUGAAAAAGGAGUUGGAUCGCGAAACUGCAUUGGACCCAGUUUGUGAUGCUAAGGAAGAUUCAAGUGGGUCAAGUGGUUCAAGCUGGAAUGAAUCGGAUUACGCUGAUGUGAGUCCUGGUAAACAGCGUAAAGCGAGGCGUAGGGGUAAGGUUGGCGAGGGAAAGAAUCAUCCUGUUAAGAUGAAAAGAUUUGGGUCGAAGAAAAGGGAGUUCAGUGGAUGGGGCUCAAAGGCGCUUGUUGAAUUCCUUACUUCCAUAGGUAAAGACAUUUCUCAGCAACUGUCUCAGCAUGAGGUUGCGGAAAUCAUUAAGAGGUACUCUGCUGAGAACAACUUAUUCGAUCCAGAGAAAAAGAAGCAAAUUGUCUGUGAUGCAAAACUCUACACGCUUUUCGUGAGGAAAUCAGUCAACAAAAACAGAAUACAUGGGCAUCUGGCUAAGCAUUUUGCUGAAAACCAAUCGGAUGAUGAUUUGGACUUGGCAGAAGAAGAUUGGUUUGUGGUUGAUGGUGAGGAUGAUGUUCAAGUGGCCAAUAAGAAACCAAGAACCUCAGAAGCUAACUGCCGGGACAAGGUAGCAGCGGUUCCUCUUGUCAAUAGGAGGUGCUUUGCAUCCGUGACUACUGAGAACAUGAAGCUUGUGUUCUUGAAAAAAAGUGUAGUGGAAGAGCUGUCGAAGGAUUCUGAUAAUUUCGAUGUGAAGGUUAUUGGAAGCUUUGUGAGAGUCAAAGCUGAUCCGCAUGACUACUCCCAGAAGAAUUCGCAUCUACUAGUACAAGUGACAGGUGUAAGGAGACAAUUUGGGGAAUCAAAAGAGUCUAUUCUUCUGCAAGUUUCUGAUAUGAUGGGAGAGAUGCCAAUCUGCAAGCUCAGUGACGAGAACUUCACUGAGGUAAAUGACAAUCCCACAUUUAGGGUGGUUUUUUUCGUGGUAAAGAAAACUGAGUGA